AGCCUCCUGCCACAAACACUUUCCCCUCCCUACCGAAGCCUUGGUGGAGUUCUGCUGAAACAACAGCUCAUCCGGGAUCCAGUCAGACUUUGGAAUGUCCUAGGUAGCACCUACUGGUUCAGCACAUCCAGCUCUGUGGGGAGAAGCCAGAAGAAUGAAGGAUUCAAGAAGAAAUCUGAGGAGGAGGAUGAGGAAGAGAAGCGCAGGAAAAGAGAGAAUCAGAUGCACCUGGAGCGCCUGAGGGCACUGCUCAUCCUCACCUUGAUUGUGCUGCUGCUUCGCUUCAUGGUCAGCGAGAACAGGGAAGGGACCAACAUCUCCUGGAACUACUUUGUGAACGAGAUGUUGGCUAAGGGGGAGGUGCAAAGGAUCGAGGUGGUGCCUGAGAGUGAUAUCGUGGAGAUCUACCUGCACCCGGGAGGGACUCCCCAUGGCCAAGUGAAUGUGACCCUCCUGUACACCAUGCGCGUGGCAAACAUCGACAAAUUCGAGGAGAAGCUGAGAGCUGUGGAGGAUGAGCUGAAUAUCGAUGAGAGAGAGAGGAUCCCCAUCACCUACAAACACCCUGGCUUUUAUGGAAAUGAUGUCCUUUCCCUGAUAGUGACCCUGGUGGCUGUGUCCAUGCUGUGGAGCAUCUUCCGCCUGUUCAGGGUGGCCAGUCGGGCUGGAGGCUUCAACGCCUUCAACCAGCUGAAGAUGGCUCGUUUCACCGUGGUGGAUGGGAAAUCGGGGAAAGGCAUUGGCUUCAAGGAUGUGGCAGGGAAGCCUAAAAAAAACAAGGAAUUUGUGGACUAUUUAAAGAAUCCGGACCGCUACCUCCAGCUUGGGGCCAAGGUGCCCAAGGGGGCCCUGUUACUGGGCCCUCCAGGCUGUGGGAAGACUCUGCUGGCCAAGGCUGUGGCUACAGAAGCACAGGUGCCAUUUUUGGCCAUGGCAGGCUCUGAGUUUGUGGAGGUGAUUGGAGGCCUGGGUGCGGCGCGCGUGCGCAGCCUGUUCCGCGAGGCGCAGGCACGUGCUCCCUGCAUCGUCUACAUCGACGAGAUCGACGCCGUGGGCAAGAGACGCUCCACCAGCGUGUCCGGCUUCGCCAAUGCUGAGGAGGAGCAGACCCUCAACCAGCUGCUGGUGGAAAUGGAUGGAAUGGGGACCACGGACCAUGUCAUAGUGUUGGCCUCCACCAACCGUGCGGACAUCCUGGACAAUGCCCUCAUGAGACCUGGGAGGCUGGACAGGCACAUCUUCAUCGACCUCCCCACGCUCCAGGAGAGAAAAGAGAUCUUUGAGCAGCACCUGAAGGGCCUCAAGCUGAUCCAAGACGCCAGUUUCUACUCCCAGCACCUGGCUGAGCUGACUCCAGGCUUCAGUGGGGCUGACAUAGCCAAUAUCUGCAAUGAAGCAGCUCUACAUGCUGCCAGGGAAGGACACAAAUCCAUUGAUACCUUCAACUUCGAGUAUGCUGUGGAAAGAGUCAUUGCAGGCACUGCCAAAAGAAGUAAGAUCUUGUCACCAGAAGAGAGGAAGGUUGUGGCAUUCCAUGAGUCUGGUCACGCUCUGGUUGGGUGGCUGCUGGAGCACACCGAGGCUGUCAUGAAGGUGUCCAUCGCCCCUCGGACGAACGCAGCACUGGGGUUCGCACAGAUCCUGCCCAGGGAGCAGUACCUGUUCACCAAGGAGCAGCUGCUGGAGAGGAUGUGUAUGGCUCUGGGGGGCAGAGUGGCUGAGGCCAUCACCUUUAACAAGGUCACCACAGGAGCACAGGAUGACCUGAAAAAGGUGACCAAGAUAGCCUACUCCAUGGUGAAGCAGUAUGGGAUGGUGCCCAGCAUCGGGCAGAUCUCCUUCCCAGAGCUGGAGAGUACCCCCGGGAUCGGCCGGCGUCCCUUCAGCCAGGGCCUGCAGCAGAUGAUGGACCAUGAAGCCAAAACCCUGGUGGCUCAGGCUUACAGGCGCACAGAGAAACUGCUGCUGGAGAACAGGGACAAGCUGAAAACACUGUCCAGUGCCCUCCUGGAGAAAGAAGUUAUCAACUAUGAUGACAUUGAAGCUCUAAUUGGGCCUCCCCCCUACGGGCCAAAGAAGAUGAUUGCUCCCCAGACCUGGCUGCAAGCAGAGAGGGACAAGCAGGACACCAGGGAGGAAGAAAACCCCCCACAGCCCCCAAACCACGAGGAGGAGGAGGAGCCACGCCUGAGACCAGUGUGA